UGGUGGGGGUGGGGACAGGCUCCGGGCCUGGCAUCCCGGUAGCCGCAGCUGUCUUUUCCGGCCCCCGUGCGCUCUCCGCCCGAGGCGGAGCCCCCCGGCUCGCGGGGAUCCCCCGAGCGCUGCGUCCUACGGGUGGGUCACCUAACCCAUUUGUGUCUUCCUCUACCUGUGCUCAGCCAUGGCCAGUGAGAGCUCACCUCUGCUGGCCUACCGACUCCUGGGGGAGGAGGGGACUGCCCUCCCUCUCAAUGGGGCCGGGGCUCCUGGAGGGGCAUCUGCCCGGAAGCUGUCCACCUUCCUGGGUGUGGUGGUGCCCACUGUCCUGUCCAUGUUCAGCAUAGUUGUUUUUCUGAGGAUUGGGUUCGUGGUGGGCCAUGCUGGGCUGCUGCAGGCCCUGGCCAUGCUGCUGGUUGCCUACUUCAUCCUGGCGCUCACCGUCCUUUCUGUCUGUGCCAUCGCCACCAAUGGAGCCGUGCAGGGGGGCGGAGCCUACUUCAUGAUCAGUCGCACACUGGGGCCCGAGGUCGGGGGCAGCAUUGGGCUCAUGUUCUACCUGGCUAACGUCUGUGGCUGUGCCGUCUCCCUGCUGGGACUGGUGGAGUCUGUGCUUGACGUCUUCGGGGCCGAUGCCACAGGGCCCAGUGGGCUCCGGGUCCUGCCCCAGGGCUACGGCUGGAACCUGCUGUAUGGCUCCCUGCUGCUGGGCCUUGUGGGUGGGGUCUGCACCCUGGGAGCUGGCCUCUACGCCAGGGCCUCAUUCCUCACAUUCCUGCUGGUCUCCGGCUCCCUGGCCUCUGUGCUUAUCAGCUUUGUGGCUGUGGGGCCAAGGGACAUCCCCUUGACCCCUCGGCCUGGCCCCAAUGGCUCCUCCCUGCCACCCCGGUUUGGCCACUUCACCGGCUUCAACAGCAGUACCCUGAAGGACAACUUGGCUGCUGGCUACGCUGAGGACUACACCACAGGAGCCAUGAUGAAUUUUGCCAGCGUCUUUGCUGUCCUCUUUAACGGCUGUACAGGCAUCAUGGCUGGGGCCAACAUGUCAGGGGAGCUGAAGGACCCCAGCCGGGCGAUCCCUCUGGGCACGAUUGUCGCUGUCGCCUACACCUUCUUCGUCUAUGUCCUGCUUUUCUUCCUCUCCAGCUUCACCUGUGACAGGACCCUGCUGCAGGAAGACUAUGGGUUCUUCCGUGCCAUCAGCCUGUGGCCCCCACUGGUGUUGAUUGGAAUCUAUGCCACCGCGCUCUCAGCAUCCAUGAGCUCGCUCAUCGGCGCCUCCCGCAUCCUCCAUGCCCUGGCCCGGGAUGACCUCUUUGGAGUGAUCUUGGCACCGGCCAAGGUUGUGUCCCGGGGCGGAAACCCCUGGGCGGCUGUACUGUAUUCUUGGGGCCUGGUGCAGCUGGUGCUCCUGGCCGGGAAACUGAACACGCUGGCUGCCGUGGUCACUGUCUUCUACCUGGUGGCCUAUGCCGCUGUGGACCUGUCCUGCCUGAGCCUGGAGUGGGCCUCGGCCCCCAACUUCCGCCCCACCUUCAGCCUGUUCUCCUGGCACACCUGCCUGCUGGGGGUGGCCUCCUGCCUGCUCAUGAUGUUCCUCAUCAGCCCUGGUGCGGCCGGUGGCUCCCUGCUCCUCAUGGGUCUCCUGGCUGCCCUGCUCACCGCGCGAGGAGGUCCCAGCAGCUGGGGCUAUGUCAGCCAGGCCUUGCUUUUCCACCAGGUGCGUAAGUAUCUGCUCCGGCUGGACGUCCGGAAGGAUCACGUGAAGUUCUGGCGGCCCCAGCUGCUGCUCCUGGUGGGGAACCCCCGGGGCGCCCUGCCUCUGCUGCGGUUGGCCAACCAGCUUAAGAAGGGGGGGCUCUACGUGCUGGGCCACGUCACCCUGGGAGACCUUGACUCCCUCCCCUCGGACCCUGUACAGCCGCAGUAUGGGGCAUGGCUCAGCCUGGUGGACCGGGCCCAGGUGAAGGCUUUUGUGGAUCUAACUCUCUCACCCUCCGUGCGCCAGGGGGCUCAGCAUCUGCUGCGAAUCUCCGGCCUCGGUGGCAUGAAGCCCAACACGUUGGUCCUGGGUUUCUACGAUGACGCCCCACCGCAGGACCAUUUCCUGACGGACCCGGCUUUCUCUGAGCCUGCAGACAGUACCAGGGAGGGCAGUUCCCCAGCUCUGAGUACCCUGUUCCCUCCUCCCCGGGCUCCUGGGAGCCCCCGGGCUCUCAGUCCCCAGGACUACGUGGCCACGGUGGCUGAUGCCCUCAAGAUGAACAAGAAUGUGGUGCUGGCCCGGGCCAGUGGGGCCUUGCCCCCUGAGCGGCUGAGCCGGGGGUCUGGGGGCACCUCUCAGCUGCACCACGUGGACGUGUGGCCCCUCAACCUGCUGCGGCCCCGGGGUGGGCCUGGCUACGUGGACGUCUGCGGCCUCUUCCUACUGCAGAUGGCAACCAUCUUGGGCAUGGUGCCCGCUUGGCAUAGCGCCCGGCUCCGGAUCUUCCUGUGCCUGGGGCCUAGGGAGGCGCCUGGGGCGGCCGAGGGGCGGCUGCGGGCGCUGCUGAGCCAACUGAGGAUCCGGGCUGAGGUGCAGGAGGUGGUGUGGGGUGAGGGGGCUGGGGCUGGGGAACCCGAGGCAGAGGAGGAAGGGGACUUUGUGAACAGUGGGCGGGGAGAUGUGGAGGCAGAGGCCCUGGCACGCAGCGCCAACGCCCUGGUUCGGGCCCAGCAGGGGCGUGGCACAGGAGGAGGGCCAGGUGGGCCGGAGGGUAGGGAUACCGAGGGCCCCACCACAGCCCUCACCUUCCUGUACUUGCCUCGGCCGCCCGCCGAUCCCGCCCGCUACCCCCGAUACCUGGCGCUACUGGAGACUCUAACCCGAGACCUGGGCCCCACGCUGCUGGUUCACGGGGUCACCCCAGUCACCUGCACUGAUCUCUGAUGCCCCUGCCUCCAGGGCUGGGUAGAGAGGGCCCAGGCAGGUGGCCCAUCC